CUUCCGGCGUCUUCCUCGCGGCGGACAUCUUGUGGCUCUAGGAUGGCACGGUUAGAAAGCUGUAGUUCAGUUCUGAGGUGACGAAAGCGAGGAGACCCCGUUGUCGCUAGGAAGAGUCUCUGCGGUCGCAGCGACCACGGGGAUAUGCGUCAGGACUCAGAAUCCUCACAGCUCUACGCUGUCUAGACCGUGAUGGGGGCGCCUGCGGGGAAUGGGCCCGGCCUAGGUAGGUGCUGUGUCCCGGACCUUGAUUCAGCCUGAUUCUCAUUUCCGAAUACUAAGCCCUAGAAUGAAUGAGCGGUCGCUGUUGAAGUCACUGUAGCCCAGGCAGUUUGUGGAUGGAGACUCCGUAUACAACAGCUAGUCGGAUGAGACGUGGGAGGAACAACCGAACCUGGAGCGUUCUAGAAACUGCAGUCCUGGCCUGUGCCAGAGUUGCAGCGUGUGAGCACUAGUCAUGGCCGGCCGGAGUGGCAGGAUGAGAUCAUCUGUGGUUGCUGAAUAGUAGCAAGGGAAAGAACUCUUUGAGUACCUGACUGACCUGAGGUCAUGACUCUAGCCACAGCAGAGGGGGCUUGGAUGGGCCCUGGUUGUUGGCUUGAAGUGAAGGAUGAAGAGGCAUCUUCUGAGCAGAGCAAGUCUGUGGAAGUGUCACAUGUUCAUAAUACUUCCAAGGCAGGUUCAUCAGUCCAGAUGGCUCAUCCUUGUAAUAUAUGUGGCCCCAUCUUGAAGGAUGUUUUGUGCCUGGAUGAACACCAGGAAACACACCAUGGACUGAAACCUUACACAUGUAGGGCAUGUGGGAGACAAUUCUUAUUUGGUGCAAACUUCCUUCAGCACCAGAAGCAGUACAAUGUAGAGAGAUCCUUAAGGAGAGACAAAGGCAAGACCUCAUUUGUGAAGAACUGCAGAGUUUGUGAAGAACCUCAUCUGUCAGAGACAUCAUUUACAUGUGCGGAGGAACAGAAAAACUUCCAGACCUGUUUGGGCAGUCACCAGCAAAAGGCAACCCGCGGCAAGAGGAAGACAAGUGGCAAUGAGGGUAGGGAGGCCUUUCACAUUGGACAGAUGCCUUACAGCUGCAGUGAAUGUGGGAAAGCCUUCAGCCGCAAAGACACGCUUGUUCAGCACCAGAGAAUCCACACUGGAGAAAAGCCUUAUGAGUGUAGUGAGUGUGGGAAAGCCUUCAGCCGCAAAGCCACACUUGUGCAGCACCAGAGAAUCCACACUGGAGAGAGGCCUUAUGAAUGUAGCGAGUGUGGGAAAUCCUUUAGCCGCAAAGACAACCUUACACAGCACAAAAGAAUUCACACUGGAGAAAUGCCUUAUAAGUGUGGUGAAUGUGGGAAAUAUUUUAGCCAUCACUCCAAUCUGAUUGUGCACCAGAGAGUUCACAAUGGAGCAAGGCCUUAUAAGUGUAAUGAUUGUGGGAAAGUCUUCAGACACAAAUCUACACUUGUUCAGCAUGAGAGCAUCCAUACUGGAGAAAAUCCAUAUGUUUGCAGUGAUUGUGGAAAAUCCUUUGGCCACAAGUACACCCUCAUUAAACACCAGCGAAUUCACACUGAGACAAGGCCUUUUGAGUGCACUGAAUGUGGGAAAUUUUUUAGUCGAAGCUCUGACUUUAUUGCACACCAGAGAGUUCACACUGGUGAAAGGCCUUUUGUGUGUAGCAAAUGUGGGAAAGAUUUCAUAAGAACCUCCCACCUUGUUCGGCACCAAAAAGUUCACACUGGAGAAAGGCCAUAUGAGUGCAAUGAAUGUGGGAAAUCCUAUAGCUUAAGCUCCCACCUCAUUCGGCACCAGAAAGUUCACACUACAGGAAGGCUUUAGGAGUGCUGUCAACAGAACAGCACUCAUAUGGAAAGGGAAUCUGUGAUUUCCCUUUGAGAGGAAGGCAUUAGUCAGAUGUUGAUCUCCAUAUAUCUGAACAUUAACAUUGGGGAGAUACUAUAUAACUGAUGGGUAUAAGGAAAGUUUUCAGGGGCUAUAUUGCACUUUCAGACCUGCUCAGGCUCCUUGCUAGAUUUCUCAGUGUCAAUGUCUGGUGGAAAACAUUUUAGCUCUAUCAGCUAAGUUGUCCUGAUAUCCUCAGAGAAGGCAGAAUGUUGUUACUGUCUCCAGUCUCUGGGAGAAUUAGGAUAAACCUGAGUUAAGUGAGGAAGGGGCCUCAUUUCCUCCCUGCUGACUGGUAAAGGUGUGAACACAACCCAUCUUUAGCCAAGAGGACCUGAGUUAUGUUCUGGUGGCAUGAAAGGUUUACUUUCCUCAUGGACAUUGUUUGUCUUGUGAUAGUUUUAAUGGAUUUUUCCAGCCUUCCAAGCGACUCAGCCUGAAGAACUACUUGCCUCAUGUUGCUCUGAUUUGUGUGAUAAUAAAGACAUUAUUUGAGCCACC